AUGGAGGGGCAUUAUCCGUCUGCGGCUGAGAGAAGUGACAAGCAAAAAACUGGUAGGCUCCUUACUGGUGCGUUUUCAAGUCUUCCCGGGCGAUCGCUCCGUAUGUAUAUGAACGACAAGUCAAAAUUCUUCGCCAUCAUUGCCCUUGGCCUUGCCGCCGCUGUCACGGCAGCUCCCGCUCCUCAGCUCGACUGCACUCGCGAUGGCUUCUUCUGUGAGCCCUGCGUCAACGGAAAGCAGCAAUGUGUUGCCUGCGCUGAUGGAACUGGCCUUGGACUGGUUCGAGACUGUUAA